GUAUUGAUAGGAUCGCUGCGUCUCACGAACACCAUCGACAUUUCAGUCCCGCACGUCACCCGCCGACUAUUACUUUGGGGUUCUUGCGCCAAUAUGGAACUCAAUGCCUACAAGGCAGAUGCUAAACUCGAUGGUUUGGAGCAAGGAUCUGGCCAGAGCGAGAAGACUGCAGUAAAUACACCAGCCGCGCCGUCGGGAGGGGGACGAUCGGUCUAUCAGCUCGAGCGGUAUAUCAACCUCUCAGCUGUGAUCAACUUUGCUGUGAUCAUUCUUGCUUCUUGGGAGUCGUUUGCAGUGACGUUCCAGUUCGCGUUGACCAACGGUGGCCCCGCAUCCAUCUUCUAUGGUUCUAUUCUGGCUGGCAUCGGUGCCUGUGCCGUUGGCUUCUCACUGGCUGAGUUGGCUUCAAUAGAUCCUACUGUCGGUGCUCAGUAUCGCUGGUCAGCCAAUCUCGCCCCCGCUGCGCCUCGCUUCUGGGGCCUACUGCAAGGAUGGAUCACUGUUGGUGCCUGGUGCUUCGCUUGCAGUGGACCGCCUUCCAUACUUGCCAACAUGAUCACGUCACUGGCGAUCUUCAAUAACGAAAACUACGUUCCUCAACGGUGGCACACCAGUCUCAUCAUGGUUGCGCUCAUGAUAGUUCCCUUCGUCUCUAAUCUCUGGUUUCGUAAGCUUCUUGAUGCUUUCGAGAUUACUGGUGGUAUACUUCACGUCUGCCUCUUCAUUGUGGUAGUCGUUGUCUUCGUGGUGUUUGGACCGCGCAGCGACCCUGACUUUGUUUUCAAGACACUGACAUGGCAAGAGUCCGGUUGGAACAACAAGGGUGUUUCUUGGGGUCUCGGACUUCUGAGCAUGACGUUCUCCGUUACUGGAGCAGAUAGCGUUCUACACAUGUGCGACGAGGUGAAGAAGGUGCGCACACGCGUGCCACGCAGUAUAAUUAUCACCUGUGUCGCGAACUCAGCGAUGCUAAUAGUCUUCGCUACCAUUCUUCUCUUCUACAUGGGCCCUCUUGACGAUGUCAUCGCCACGCCACUACCAAUCCUAUGGGUUAUCUACAACAUCACCGGUUCUUCCGUGGCAGCCAAUGUUAUCACCUCGCUCAUAGCCCUUAUCGUCUUCUUCGCUCUCUUCAACAUCUUUGCUUCCGUCUCGAGACUUAUCUGGGUGUUCGCACGCGACAACGGUCUGCCCUUCUCUGACUUCUUCUCUUACGUGCACCCCACACUGAAACUCCCGGUGAAUGCGCUUCUCCUCGUUGGAACCAUCGUAACGUGCCUAUCCCUCAUUUACAUCGCCAGCGCGACUGCCUUCAAUGCGCUUAUCUCACUCCAAGCCCUUGCGCUGCACGUAUCGUACUUCUUCCCGAUCCUCUUCAUCCUCCUGCGCAAACUUCGAGGCCCACCUCCACCUUACGGACCGUUCAAGCUCGGCCCUGUCGGUCUGCCCGUCAACAUGUUUGCACUAUGCUACCUGGUGUUCGUGGUACUUUGGAUGCCGUUCCCCCAGGUUCUGCCAGUCACGAGAGAUAAUAUGAACUACGCAGGACCCAUCUUUGGUGCGGUCGUGAUUGGGGCUUUGGCUCAUUGGUUCAUCAGUGCGCAUAAGACGUUCAAGAUGCCCGUCAUUCGUUACGAGUAGAUCAAGGUCGGAAGUAGUAGUAUGAUACAUUUUGUCAGUAUACUAUGGCGGAAUUCUCUUGUGCAUGUAGCUCGCUAUGAGUUCAUCGAUGCAUAUGUCACGAAAAUCGAUGGACCUUGAUAUGCACCGUAAAUGCUGAUUGCAAGAAGGUUAAAGCCGCCUUAACAUAACAACAGCUUUGCGGAAGAACAACUCAUUCCUGUGGUUCAGCGCCCCGCAUCAGCAGUUAUCCGGUGUAGGGAAAGAUCUCCAAUUCCCUCAUCACGUUCUUGACCGACUACGCCGCGCCCCUGCAGGUGAUUGCACUGCUACGUGAUCGG